AUGAACCUGUUUCAAGCAGUCGCCUGUAUCUGGCUAGCGAUACAACUGUGCGUCCUGCUGACAGCCGGCGAGCACUUGGUCGAGUUCGUGUCAAAUUACCAACAGAACGCUGAGAUUGACUACUCUUUUCGGUACUACAUCGAUCAUCCUCCUUCCGGAGUGUCAUUCGACCAUUGGGAGAAUCGGAAAGGGGAUCACGUUCACGGUGGUUACGGUGUCCUUGAGCCGGGAGGAUUCGUUCGUACCGUGCACUACGAGGUCGAGGGUGACAGUGGCUUCAGGACGGUUAUUAAAACGACAGCGCCAGGAAGCUCUCAACAGUACAACAUACACACCGGUGGACGAAGGACACCUCCUCCGCAGCCGCUUUGGAACACAAAACCGGUCGCUUUCGUGCAGGGUGGUCAUAAAUCGUAG